CUACUGAAUAAAGCAGUUUUAAUAUUAAACGUUUCGAUAUCAUUAUCACUAAAAUAAAGGCAGCCUUUGAGGGUUACAUAACUAAGGGAGCAGGCUGAAGUUAAACUAGCGCUGAUUGGUUGAGCAUUACAGGAAGUAUUGUCUCUGUUGCGUAUGUAACAAUUUACAAUAUGGACAUCGCUGCGAUUAGGACAUUUUCAAGGGGAACGUUUUAGUUCUGAUUAAAACAUCCCAACAAUACAGUGUAACUGUUAUAGGUUUAGACCAGUCCCACUCUACCUUGUUUUAAAGAUGCAUUCAGUCACUAAAGCAACGUUGGCAAGAAUUGGGCGGUGGUGUGUUAAUGUAAAUCGGUUUACAGGAGCUAGAAUUAUUUACAGGGGAGUUGCGUGUACAGCAGAGCAUGGGGAUCGUGAAAAUGAGCUCUAUGAUGUCAUUAUUUCGGGUGGAGGAAUGGUUGGGACCGCUAUGGCUUGUUCUUUAGGCCUGGAUCCAAACUUGGAGGGAAAGAAGAUUCUGCUGCUUGAAGCAGGCAAUAAGAAAGUGAUGGAGAAGGUCCCUGAUGCCUACAGUACGAGAGUCAGCUCUAUCAGCACAGGCUCUGCCACCAUCCUCACUGGUGUAGGAGCAUGGGAUCAUAUUAUGAACAUGAGAUAUAAACCCUAUCAGAAGAUGCAGGUUUGGGAUGCCUGCUCAGAUGCCCUGAUUACAUUUGAUAAGGAGAACCUGCAAGACGAGAUGGCCUACAUUGUGGAGAAUGACAUCAUUGUGGCUGCCCUGACAAAACAGCUGGAGAAUCUCUCUGAUCAUGUGAGGGUCCAGUACAAAUCCAAGGUGGUGAAGUACACUUGGCCCAAGUCCCACCAGGUAGAAGACUCUAUCCCCUGGGUUCAAGUGACUCUGGCCAAUGGACAGACACUUCAAACCAAACUUCUGAUAGGAGCUGAUGGGCCAAAUUCGAUGGUUAGGCAAGAGGCAGGGAUACCCACGGUCAAGUGGAAUUACGACCAAUCCGCUGUUGUGGCUGUCCUGCAUCUGUCUGAACCAACAGAGAAUAAUGUGGCAUGGCAGAGGUUCCUUCCAACAGGACCCAUAGCAAUGUUACCGUUGUCGGACACUGAGAGCUCCCUGGUGUGGUCUACCAGCCACCACCAUGCUGAGGAGCUACUGAAUCUGGAUGAGGAGAGCUUUGUGGACGCGGUCAACUCAGCCUUUUGGAGUAAUGAGAACCACAGUGAACUAGCGGAGACUGCUGGCUCUCUGUUCCGCACUGCCUUGUCAGUCCUAAUGCCGUCUGCAGGCUCGACUCGCCAGCUACCACCGAGUGUGGCCGGGAUUGGCCCCAAAAGCAGGGUCAUGUUCCCCCUGGGCAUGGGCCACGCAUCGGAGUACAUCAGACAUCGGGUGGCCCUUAUCGGGGAUGCAGCCCACCGUGUCCACCCUUUAGCUGGUCAGGGAGCCAACCUGGGCUUUGGAGAUGUGGCCUGCCUCACUCAGGUCCUGAGCCAGGCUGCCUUUAAUGGGAAGGAUCUGGGGGCCAUGCAACACCUAUUGGUAUAUGAGACGGAGCGCCAGAGACACAACCUGCCCAUGAUGGCCGCCAUCGACCUGAUGAAACGACUCUACUCCACUAAUGCUGCUCCAGUGGUUCUGCUGCGCACCUUUGGUCUGCAAGCCACCAACACACUACCAGCCAUAAAAGAGCAGAUCAUGGCGUUUGCGAGCAAGUGAUACAUCCUCCCGGCCUACAAAUAGCAGUUUUAUGGGAAUCCCAUGAUGAUAUGCUAUUGUGAUGUUGUGAAUGGAAUGUAAAAGUGUAAAUUAAUAAAUUAUAUUUUAUGCUCUGAUA